CAAUAAGCCAAUAAAUUAUCAAAAACUCGUGAAGAAGAAAGAGUACAGAGAAGAGCAGCUUCGUUUAUUCUGAUUGAAGAAGAAGACGAUCUCUCUCUCCCCGCAUUACAAUCAAUCAAUUUUCUCUCUCUAACAGAAAGAAAGAAGAUGAAGAGAAUGUUUGGAGUUAAGAAAGAUAAGGAACCUCCUCCUUCGAUCAAUGACGCCUCCGAUAGGAUUAGCAAAAGAGGUGAAACAGUUGAUGAGAAGAUCAAGAAACUAGAUGCUGAACUCAGUAGAUACAAGGAACAAAUUAAAAAAACAAGACCUGGCCCUGCUCAAGAGGCUGUUAAAGCUCGAGCCAUGAGGGUUCUUAAGCAAAAGCGAAUGUAUGAAGGACAACGUGACAUGCUCUAUAAUCAGACUUUCAACCUUGAUCAAGUUGCUUUCGCUGCCGAGGGAAUAAAAGAUGCUCAACAAACUAUGUCGGCUUUGAAAUCUGCAAACAAGGAGUUGAAAGGAAUGAUGAAAAUGGUGAAGAUCCAAGACAUAGAUAACUUGCAAGAUGAAAUGGUGGACCUGAUGGAUGUGAGUAAUGAAAUCCAAGAGACCCUCGGUAGAAGUUAUAAUGUGCCUGAUGACAUUGAUGAGGAUGAACUCAUUGGUGAACUUGAUGCCCUGGAAGCUGACAUGGGGUUUGAAACGGAUGCUAAUGGGAUGCCCUCUUAUCUCCAACCUGAUAAGGAACCCGACCUAGAUGCGGAGCUCAACUUGCCUCCAGCGCCCACUGGAAAUGCAGCGGUGCCAGCUGGCAGAUCUAAUACUCAGGUUGAAGAGGAGCUGGGUUUACCAGCAGUGCCUUGGGCAUCUCUUCGUGGUUAGGGAAUGACUUUGCUGUUGCAGCAUUGUCAUUUGAAUACUGGCUGCGAAGCCUUUUUGUAAGAUUUAUUAUUGUGUAGAGUUCACCCUGAUCUGAUCCAUGUAGAUCAUCUACUCUACAUUCGUUACAUAAAAUAUUUUCUUAAUC